AUGACUCAAUACAACAUCUCCAUCACCUCGGACAUCGUCUGCCCAUGGUGCUACAUCGGCCACACUCGCCUCAGCAAAGCCAUUGCGAAGCACAAGGAAUCCAAUCCCAACGAUACUUUCAAGCUCUCCUACAAACCCUUCUACCUCAACCCCGCCGCCCAAGUCCACGCCUCAGGUUCCGGCCCAGAACCACCACCGUUCCCCAUCCCGUCAAUCGAUCGCCGAGAAUACUAUGCAUCCAAGUUCGGCCCCCAGCGCGCCAAGCAGAUCGAGGCCAUGAUGAUCCAGACCUCCCACGACGAGGGCCUGGACUUCAAAUUUGGCGGCAAGACCGGGCCCUCCAGGAACGGACAUCGCCUGAUCCGCUACGCUCAGAACCACGGCGGUGAAGAUGCCCAGAACGCGGCCAUGAAGGGCCUGUGGCGCCGCUACUUCGAACAGGAAGUCGACAUUACCACGCUGGACACGCUCGUCGAGGUGGGCGUCGAGGCUGGUCUUGGCUCUGCGGAGGGGGUGAAGCAGUUUCUGGAGAGCGGCGCCGAGGCCAAGACUGUGGACGAGGAGGCCGAACAGGCCCGCGACAAGGGCAUCAGCGGUGUUCCCCAUUAUGAGAUACAAGGUUUGUACGAGGUGAGCGGCGCCCAGGAGCCGAGAGCGUUUGAGAUGUUGUUUAAGCGAUAUAAGGAUAGCGAGGCCAAGGCAGAAGCGGGAAAGACUGCCGCCAACGGCAGCGCCUGCUUGUAG